CUCGCUUGACGCGGCUGGCGUUAGUCAGAAAGAAGGACAGGAACAACUCCUUGCACUCGAGUAGGCAUCGCUGCAUGUGGCAUCUCGGCCCUACCAUAGGCAGCAGGUCUCCCAGAUCAAAGCGAAAGCUGCUUCGUUGCCUCAUUGCCAAUAAUGGCUGCCCUUGACAUACUGGAGGCACUUGGUGAGCAGUUACAGUCCACCAUGGUCACGAACAACCUCACGACGCUGUUCCUCUCGAUAUCGGGGGCAUAUCUCAUGUGGAAACUCAUGUACGCUUUCUUCCUCAGCCCUCUGCGACGAGUCCCUGGUCCAGUCCUGGCACGUCUUUCGUCGCUCCCCUUUAUCUACAAGAGACUGCCCAAGAGAGUCGCAAAAGCCACCCUCGCCGAUUUUCACAAAUAUGGCGACAUUUACGUCUCCAAGCCGAACACGGUGACCAUCAGCCACCCCAGCGAUGUAAAAGCAGUUCUGGGCGCCGCCGACUCGUGGAAGUGGAACGUGUACGGGAACCUCACGGAUCCCGUCAUGAGAAAUCUGGUUACGUUUAGCGAUCCGCAUCUCGCUUGUCAAAGACGCCGUCAGAUGAGCCCCUUUCUGAGCAGUCCUGGAUAUCUCGCCAAGAUGGAGUCCAUCAUCAUCCAGCACGGUAUCCAGGCGUUGAAGGACAAAUGGGAUUGGCAAUUGGACGAAGCCGGCGGAAAAGGCUCGAUCGAAGUCAACUAUCGCAAUGACACCCAGCUGGCUACCUUUAACAUCAUGAGUGCCCUUGCCUUUGGCCGCGAUCCCUUUCCUGGGCCUGACGCGGGUGCCGGUAUCGUCGACUGGAUCUCAGCAACUGCCGUGUACAUUGGCGUCAGCAUCAACUUCAAGCCGCUCAUGACCUUUCCGCUUUCCUAUAUGAUCCGGUCUUGGCUCAAGAAAUACCAAGAAUUUGUCUCCUUUGGGCGUGAGUCGGUGGAACUCCGCCGAGAGGCGUUGUCUCAAGGGGUCGAUACGAAGCCAGCAGAUAUACUACAGGCUUUCAUCGACGCAGAAGACCCAGACUCCAAGGUCAACAUGUCUCCGGUCGAAGUCCACGCUGAGAGCGUAGGCAUGCAACUAGCUGGCAGCGAGACAACAUCUGCUUCAGUGACCUGGGCUCUGCACCUGCUCACCCUCUACCCGGACGCGCUUCGUCAUGCGCAGGACGAGGUCCGCGGCUGCUUUGCCAGAGACCACAUGGUCACCUACGCGGACAGUCGGGCCAGUCUGCCCUUUUUAGAGUCGUUUGUGUACGAGGUCUUUCGGUACGCGCCCAUCACGUCCGGCUUCAUGCCGCGCCAUUCAGAGAGGGCCAUGGAGAUCCAGGGGCAACACAUACCUGCAGGCACAAUGGUGGCCUUCAAUCUACUCGCGCUCAACAACAGACCUGAUUUCUGGGACGAGCCGCACAAGUUUAUACCCGAUCGAUUCCUCAAGGAUCCCGACGCCAAGAAGAACAUCUUUGCGUUUUCGUACGGCCCGCGCAGCUGUAUCGGCCGCAACCUGGCCUGGAUGGAGAUUAUGACUAUCCUCGCCAACCUACUCAAAGACUAUGAUAUUGGCUUGCCUGAGGAUAGCUUGUUUGGCCCGGAGAAUAAGGACGAGAGUGGUAGGCCCAAGCUAAUGCCUUCUCAGUGCCAUAUUGUGUUUGCACCUACGCAUCCCGAACGAGACUGUAGAAUUAGGCUUUCGCGUCGUUGAACGGGAUAUGAGAUAGAUACACAAAUGAA